UGGAGAUAAAUAUUGAAUUCAUGCAGUGAUUUAAAUCGAUUGAACGAGUUUUCAACUUUACUUCCUUUAUUAAUAAUAUUGAGAUAAAAAAUAUCACAUUUUGUACGGAUAUUAAAAGCAAUUUGGAAUGUUAAAACAAUAUGAACAAGUGUCAUGGAUGUGUUUUAAAUUAAAUAAUAAUCACAGUAUAUAGUGAUGACUGUAAGUGGGGUAGUUAAAGGAUACGCUGUUAUUGCGUAUUGAACUUGUUUAUUCGCAUAUGAAGUAUUCUCUUUAGUACACAAAGUUCAAGCAUGACGAUCGAGAGAGUAGUGGAUGCAAUCAGAGAAAACGAUGCCACGUUACUCGAUCAGGUCGUUAAUGAAGAUGUGAACUUGAAUAUUAUGCAGAAUGGAACAUAUCCUUUACAUAUGUGUGUUGGCCACGUGGAAUGCGUUAAAGUACUUCUCGGGCAUGGUGCAAAUCCGGGUCUUAAAACUCAGGAUGGCAAACAGCCCAUUCAUCUAGCAGUAGAACGCGAUUUUGUUGAGACAUUAAUGCAUUUGGUUAUACACGGAGCAGACUAUGAUGCACUGGUAUGUGGUCCUGAAUCAGAAACAAACGACAAAACACCACUACAAAUUGCAAUAGAAGAAGAGGCUUUUACCUGCCAAGACUUUCUUCAAUUUCUAGGAGCAAAGAUUCCUGAAAAUAAUCUCAGCAUUUUAGAUGAAGAUUCAAAGUCAAAAUAUGGCAUCAUUCGGAAAGGGUUUGAAGACGGAAAAAUUGCGAGUGGUGGAAGAGAGAUACCAGCAAACAGUGGUCGACCUCAACAUAUUGUCACAAGGAAUGGACAGCCGGUUGAUAUUAGUAUUCAAGGAUAUGAUGAAUCGUUUAUCGUGUAUGUUUGCAGAAUGGAAGUGGAAUACCAAUCAAGCACAACAAGAAUACCAAUGGUUUCCAUACCAGAAGGAAUGGAAUUGAUUAGCGAUAUCUACCAAUACAGGGUUGAGAAAAACAUUACAUGUGACGUACACAUACCGCUGUCGGGGAUGGAUAAACCUGAUAAAUACAGAGAGCUUGUAGUUAUACAAAUGACGGAUGUUGGAAAGAACUCCCAAGAAGAACACAGGAACGUAGAUAUAGUUAAAAGCAAGGCUGUAAUCAAAGGAAUAACACUGUGUGCAUAUGGAAGCAGCCCUAUAGUUUCUUUUGGGAUUUUUAUGAGCAUCAAGACUGACAGCAAGAAAGUUGAACCAAAUCAAGACAUGACCAUCCAGUCCUCGGUUGAACAGUUAUUUGCAGUGAAGGUUCCAGCAGGUGGGGCACCAGACAGUACAGAAAUAACGUUGCAGGUGAUGAGAGCUGAGAGUCCUGAGAAAUCAAGUGACAGUGGGUUCGGCAGUCAUUCGGACUUUCAUUCUGUGGCGAGUAUCAGUACACAAACUAGUGUUGGACAUACAAGUAUUGCGUCACAGGACCAUGCUGUAGAUGUUAGCCGGUCAUCGUCUGCUGCAAGUAAUCGUUCCUACAAUAAGGACGAAUUUUAUAUAAAACUACCAAAGCCAAAAGAAGAAAAUGGUUUACAGACAGCUGUGUUGAAGUGUCCGCAAGGAGCAGAUGGUGCUGAAUCAGGUAACUGGGAAAUUCAUGUGAAUGUCGAAGCUAAAGGAAAAGUAGUGAAAUGCAAGGAUGCAGAAUUUGCAAAUUACAUAGUUCUGAAUGUGAAAAAAAUCGGAUACCUGAUAAAAGAGUUUGUCAGUGAAUUGUUCUCACGAUCAAAGGGCAAUAAACAAUUGUGCAAACUUUUUGCAAUGGUGAAUCAUCGAAUUAACACAUCAGAGUAUGUAGUUCAGGUAGUGCUAUGCCAUGAAAAUGACUACGAAAAUCGACUGCAGGAUUGGUUGAAUCGGAAUUUUGAGGAGCAAGAGUGUGGACCAACGGAUCCGUUUGAAAUAGAUACCAAGUGCACGUAUAUGUUAAAAUUUAAUUUAAAAGGGGCUAAAGUUAUUCUUGGAUCAGACAUUUUACCAAUCCAAUAUCAAGGUAAACACCCUAAAUCUCAACAAUUUACUGUUGAAACAGAAUCCUGUGGGGAUAUACCAUCUGGACGAGUUUUAAGUUUUAAGAAAAAUGUUCCAAAGAAAAUAGAGGAUUAUGGCAAGAAAUGUAUAGCAACACUAGCGAUACGGUUCAGUGCGUGUAAGAUAAACUCAAUUUCGCCUGACAAGUUUUUAAGUGACAAGAUUAUUGAAGAUAUUGCACAGAGAAGAAUUGGAGAUAAAUGGUUCUCUCUAGGUAUACAUCUUGGGUUCACCUGUGAAGAACUGUUUGCUUUUCAAGAUAUGGGACCUGUGAAAAGGAGUGGAAUGAUACUGUUUAAAUGGAGGGAUGAUCAGUCAAGUAGCUGGGAUGAAAAAUUAGACAAUUUUGUACUUGCGACAAGACAAGCUGAAUUGCCAAAAGUGAAAGAGGCUGUUUUAAAGGAUGUGAUGAAGUUCCAAAGAAAUGACGCUGGUCUGAGAAAAUGGUUAAAGAAGUAUGCAGAACAAGGAAGAGAUGAGCAGGAAGUCAAGUUCAGCUUCAAAAUCCUAAGGGUAAAACCAGUUUCCCCUCUGGAUGACAAGUUCUUACUUUUUACUGCAAAACAACUUGGAGGAGAAGACGACAGGAUAUUUAUUGAACUAGGUUUAAGUUAUUCUGAGCGAGAAGUGAAAAUAAAUGAUCCAACACAACGCAGAUGUAAGCUCCUUAUGUUAGCGAGAGACAAGUUUUCAAGCUGCACAGAUUUUCUCAAAAAGCUGAAGGACAAACUGCCUAAACUACAGUUGAACUUAAUGGUUGAAGAAAUUUCAGAAUGCGCCAGAAAAUGGCUCAACUCUGAAGAAGCUAAACACGUGGACAGGCGAACAAGAGAGUCACUUCAAGCAAUUUUCAAACAAUAAAUACGACAAAUAAGACAAAAGCCCUGGAUUCCGAGUACCUGUAUAUCUCGGUCAAGACAAUGCUUGGCCCGGAUACUAAUCGUUAAUAUGACACAUAUAUCGUGGCCUCCCCGUAUGACCCAGCGUGGUAAUACAUCAACUGACCCAGCAACCAAAACAUAUAAAAAAAUUAUUAUUCGUUAACGAGCUCAUUUUCAUAGAAGAAACCGUUUAACCAUAUUCCGAAGUAAAUCGAAAUUCAUAUUUUUUUUAAAAGGACGGCGUUGAAGAAAAGAAUACAAUUGCAAUAUAUUCAUUAAAACUAAAGAACUGUCGACCUGUACCUAUUUAGAGAGAGGACAUGAAGACAUAUUAGAUAUUACUUGAUUCAAAGUUUGCCAUAAAUCCUUUCUGUCUAACAUCAAGCAUCAUGUGUGUAGAACUUCGCAUGCAUUUACUUCCAUUUGUAUAAAUUCUGCAACUAUAACGUUGAAGUUUUAUUUCCGUUUCUAUAUAUAUAUAUAUAUAUAUAUAUAUAUAUAUAUAUAUAUAUAUAUUAAUAAAAUCUGAAUCACACCAACAUGUAUACGUUGCUUACUGUUACCAUGACGUUCUCAUGAGGUUAUGUUAUUAUGCAGAUCGACCAAUGGCACCAGAGAAAGUGAUAUGAGAUAUUGAGACAGUGUGACUGAUGCAGGAUGGAAGAUAAAAUGUCACUUGUUGUUCAUGACCAUGGUUCUUACAGUAUGCCUAGGGGUAGGGUAUGACAUGUACAGUGGCAUUUUCUUUCUGGUCUGGCGCCAGUGAGAUCGACCCAGUAAAAUAUACAUGUCUUUAAUAGACUGGACCUAGUUGAUUUGUUACUAUUCAAAAACAACGUCUCGGGUGAUCUGAGGAAAGUGCUUUUUUGUUUUCAGUCUUUCGAAAUAUUACAAUAAAUAUUACACUGCUUUUCGUAAGACAGAAAUAUUGUCAACAUUUGGAAUAAUAUUGUCAGCCUCUGCUCUGCACUACUCGAAAAUAUUCUCUUCAUGUUCACAGUAUUUUCAGUCUUGUUCAAAGCAAAUGCGUUAUUUAUGUGUUAUAUAUUAUAUAAUGGAAAUUUAGGCGUCAUAAUCAACUAUGAAAAGCAAAUAUACACAAAAAGUAUCCUGAAAGGGAUCAUUAUUUCUCAAGUUAUUGUCGGUUUCAUUUGCCUAGUAUAUACUUGAUAAUUACACAAUGCACUGUGAAGCUGAAAUGAUAUAAGAAUCUGCUGUACCUACGAACGUAGGUCCAUGGCGUUUUUUUGCAUUAUAUUAAUUAAAAUCUUUGAUAAGGGAUAAACCUGUCUAUUUGUGCAUCUUAUUCAAGAAUCAUAUUUUAGAAGUAUGAUUCUUAUGGUUAUAUCAAAUUCUAACACGACCAGCGAAUAACCUAUAUGCAUGUUGAGCAAAAUCUAUCUCGGGUUAUUCUGCAAUAAACCACUCGCGUGCAAUGAUGUCAUCCGAUCCAGGUGCGUAGCACGGUCGUAAAAAGUAAUUACCAUUUUUUCUAACACUGUUGAUACUAGUAUGUCGUGUUAGAAUCGAAAUAACAAGUUCCCAAGUGUAAUUUAUCGUAGAAUAACCAGAGUUGUUCGUUCUUAUGCGAAACAAUAUAUCACGAAGGCCUGCGGCCUUCGUGAUAUAUUCUUACGCUUAAGAACUCAUAACACGGGUUAUUCUAUGAUAAGCCACAUUUGGGAACUUAUUAUUUCUUAAGUACAUGUGUUAUUACAUCUAUCAUUAUUAGAAUAAUGAAUAAUUCUUCCUUGAAAUUGUGCAACAUUUCCUUGUUAAAAAGAAAAAAGUCACUCCAUGACAUCAUUGUCAAUACAAUCUAUAAGAAAAUCCUUUGGCAGCAUAAAUGCUACAAAGAAAAAUAAUACAAAAUAAUAUCAGACUCGAUCUAGUCAAGUCUGUUCAUGAGAGGUAUUAGAAUUUGCAAUUUAUACCCCUCCAGGCUUAAGCAGAAUUCUACUUCAGUAAAACUGAACGGACUCAAAGACCCAACAAUACUUGAAAAUAUAACAACAAUGAGUCCAAGUACGGGCAAUAGUAUACUAAACUUUCCAAUUAUUAAUUAACAUUUAAAAUAUAUUGAUAAACUGUUUGUAUGUGUUUUUGCUUUUGUUUUCAGUUUUUUAAUAACUGUUCCAUGAUGAACAAUCACAAACAUACAAACCAGCAUAUACGAUACUGCCAACUUCAGGAAUCUAAGUAAGGAAUGGAAUAUUUGAUUCUUGAAUUCAAACAUUUUCACAAGACCAUUUUCGGAUCAGUUAUUGUCUUUAAAGAUUUAACUAUCACAACAGUUGUAAAACUUUUCCUGUACUUGGACGCUGUGUUGGUAUAUUUUCUGGUCAUUUGGGGUAAUAGAGGCAUUUCAUGCACCUACUGAACACAAUCAAAGCGAGUAUGCAGUUAAUAUUGCUUAGCCUGCUGGCGGUAAGUAAUUUUGCUUUUGCGACCAGUGCAGACCAAGAUCAGUCUGCACGUCCAUGCAGGCUGAUCAUGGUCUGGACUGGUCGCUAUUCAGCCAGUCAAUUUUCUGUGAACACCCCUUCGAAUGAAAAAUGGUGCUUCCCAAAUUAGAAGAUGAACCAGUCCAUUUUAGAAAUUUAGCAGGGUGAAGGUUAACUUUUUACUGUGAUUGGUACUGCGAUUGAUCAACCAAUUACUCAACAGGGUACAAUGCACACUACAAUAAAAAGAUAAUAAAAAGACGAAGUUUAAAAAAGCUUUUAUUUGAGAUUCAGACAAAACAAUUUAUUUGAAUACGACAAAGGUACAGACAUAACUGUAAAAAGUUCAUUUUAGCAAGCAGUAGUUCUAUUUUUUUCAUGACUUUUGAGUCAAAACUUAGAGUAAUAUUGAUCCAUAUUCAAAUUAAAUAAAUGUAGAUAAAUAACUUAAUUUUGAUUGAAAUAAAAAGUGAAGAGGAAUAUCCAAACAUAACAAUUUUACCUUUAUAUCUCAAAUAAUUUUUAUGCAAAUUUUCUUAUAGCUGUAAUUUUAUAGACAUAAGAUAUCUACACAAAUGUUGUUUUACCCUGAUAUUCGUACAUGUUUUGUGAACAAAAUUAUCAAAAUUAAUUCUUAAACAAGAUGGUACCUGUAUGAAACUGUCAAGAUAAGCUGAAAAUAGUCUCUAUUUAUGGUGAAUGUCAAUUAUAUUACUUGAUGUGUUUGCAUGAAUAAAUAUGCUACCAGUAACAUGUUGUCCCUAGUCAGCCUAUAAUUUGAAAAAAGACCCAACAAUGUUCAGCUUACCAGGGAAUAUUUAUACGCGGAUAUAUGCGAAAACAAUGAACUACAGAGUGUAUUAAAUACUGUAUUACCACAAUAUAUACUAUGAUAAUAUCAUAAACUAUACGAAAUGUUGUCAUGACAUUAAAACAAUGGAGACUCUGGUUAGUACAGAAACACAAAAUUUCGGUAUUAAAAUGUAUAAAACAACAUCGUCAGAUCAACAAACUCACACUUAUCUUUAACAUGAUAAAA